CUCCUCUUCCAUCACCUCAUAAAACCCUCAUAUUCCUUCCAUUUCUGCAAUCAAAAUCAAAAUCAAACUCAAUGGUUUGCAUAAGUUCCAAUCGAUCCAUUCAUUAAUCUUCUCAUUUGCUCCAAACUGAAUCGAAAUUUGACGAGUUCUUCUUCAACGCUGAAGAAGAUGAUACAACAACUAAAGGCGAAGAGCGAACUCGACGACUGCAAAUGGAUCGUGAAUUUGCUCGAAAGCAAGUUUUUUGGGGCGUGCAUCGAUCAUAGAAACAUGCGAAAAAACGAAAAGAAUGUGUUUUGCAUCGACUGUAAUCUAUGCUUUUGUAGACACUGUGUUACUGCUUUCAAAACACGAUGCCACCACCAUCAUCGUCGUCUCCAAAUCUGCCGGUAUGUCUACCACGACGUCGUUCGUCUCCAUGACAUUCAGAAACACCUUGAUUGCUCCAACAUUCAAACAUACAAAAUCAAUGGUGAAAAAGCCGUGCAUUUGAAUCCUCGGCCUCAACAACAUAAAGAAUCAAAACCAAUAAAAUCGAAAAUCUAUGGAACUUAUUGUGAAGCUUGCAUGAGGCAUAUACAAGACAUUCCAAAUCGAUUUUGUUCAAUUGCUUGCAAGGUGUCAAUGAUGGUGGAGAAUAUAAAUAAAAACGAAAGUCAUAAAAAGGGGGAAUUGUAUUCAUUUUGUAAAGAAAAUUAUGACUUUGAGUCGUCUAUUUCUUCAUCACUUGAAUCGGUUGAAGAAAAUAUACAAGGAAGCAGCAGCUGGUUAAUUUCGAAUUUAAAGAUCAAAAAGACAAUAGUGCAUAAAAGGAAGGGUGUUCCUCGAAGAGCUCCUUUAUGUUGA